GCUCUCAUUACUGCCGGAGGAGGCAGGCGCUGCGCUCAGUCGUGCCUUCCUUCCAACAGGGGCAGAGGCGAGCGCUCAGCUAGGCGAAGGCUACGCGCACCCAGCCGCCCGAGCCAGGAGCUCCGCGGGCUUUGCUGGGGUUGCCAGCUCGGGUUGCAGCGCGUCCCAAAGCCCGCGUGGGGCUAGCGGGGGGUUUCAGCCACCGCGGGGUCAUUUGGGGGACUAUGAUCGGGUUCCCUUGGCUGCACAGUGGCUGCUAGGUCCCCGGGAUAGUGUCUUCUGUGUCUUUGGAAAAUCCUUGUUGGCAACCUACUAAUUGAGAAUGCGGACAGCAGAGGAUUCUUCAGGGACUGUGCUUCACCGCCUCAUUCAGGAGCAACUGAGAUAUGGCAAUCUCACAGAGAACCGAACUCUGCUUGCAAUACAACAGCAGGCGCUGCGUGGAGGGGGAAGCGGUGGCACCCCACAGUCCUCCCUAGAGAGUCUCACCCAGGAAGAGAGCCAGAUGGUUCACCAAUCCACACGCCAGGAGCCCCAGGGCCAGGAGCACCACUGCGACCACCUCUACCUGGAAAAUAACAUGUAUCAACUCUACCAACCUCAGCACAAGGGAGAGGAGCUUCCCACCUAUGAGGAGGCAAAAGCUCAUUCCCAGUAUUAUGCCUCGCAACGAGGGCAACAAGUCAGCACAGGCUCUGGGGCUCGUGCUGAGGGAGGCCAACGUAGAGCCUGUGCCUCGGAUGCCAGCAGCAGCAGCAAGCAUCAGGAUGAAUCGCUGAAAGAGCUGAAACAUGGGCACGUGCGGUCACUCAGUGAGCGGCUCCUGCAGAUGUCUCUUGAGAGGAAUGGCGCCAAGACUCAGAGUCACAUGAGCUCCUCUCACAGCUAUCCACAGCUCUCCAGGCACUACCAGCUCUGUGUCUCCAGAGGCCAGCUCCCUGAGGAACUGGUGCCCCAUGCUCCCCCUCCAGAAUACCCCUAUAUAAUCCCCUCUCAAGAGAUUGUAGGCAGUUACCUGCCAGAUACCAGGCACCACUACAGAGAAGGUCCAGGAUUUCAACAUCCUGAAAUCAGGGUGAUGCAGGCUCAGAUGGCCCAAGCGUUUCUUCCCCAGCAGGCCACGCUGUGCCAGAGUCCUCUGGGAUCCCUCACUUCAGCUGGGGUGGAGGCCCUGAUGACAGCCCAGGCAGCUUCCACCAGUAGUCACUUGUCUCAAAUGGAAGCUGUGCUGACAGAGAAUGAGAAGCUGCUGAGAGACAAUGAGAAGCUUCAGAGGGAACAUGAGCUCCUGCGGAGGGAACUGGAAAACUACGGGGAAAAAGCCAACCGAAUCCAGAAGUUGGAAACUGAGAUCCAACGAAUUUCCGAGGAUUAUGAAAACCUAAUGAAGGCAUCUUCUAAGCGAGAGACAUUGGAGAAGGCCAUGAGAAACAAGAAGGAUGGGGAAAUACGGAGGCUGCAGGAUUUCAAUCGGGAUUUGAAAGAGCGCUUGGAAUCUGCAAACAAGCAGCUGGCCAGUAGGACCCAGGAAAGCCAAGAAGCGAACCAGGGGGCUAUGGCAAAACUUCUUGCCCAAAAAUACCAGCAAGAAAAGGAACAGGAGGUUGCAAUCCUGCGUAGCGCCAAUGAAGACCAACGCCGGCGGGCAGAGCUGUUGGAACAGGCUUUGAGCAAUGCCCAGACCCGAGCUGCCAAAAUGGAGGAUGAGCUGCGGAAGAAGCGGGCCUAUGUGGAGAAAGUGGAGAGGCUACAGCAGGCACUGGGGCAGCUCCAGGCAGCCUGUGAGAAGCGGGAGCAGCUGGAACUGCGUCUGCGUACUCGCCUGGAGCAAGAGUUGAAGAUGCUGCGAGCUCAGCAGAGACAGAUGGGAGCGCCGAGUGGAGGCUCUUCUGAGCAGAAUGCCCAUUUACUGAAUGAACAGCUGAGAGAAAAGGAAGAGAAGAUCCUAGCUUUAGAGGCCGAUAUGACGAAGUGGGAACAGAAAUAUCUAGAAGAGUGCACCAUGCGGCAGUUUGCCAUGGAUGCUGCCGCCACUGCUGCUGCACAGCGCGACACCACCAUCAUCAACCACUCCCCACGCCAUUCCCCCAACAGCAGUUUUGACGAGGACCUCUUGCUGGCCAAUCACAAGCACCAGGAGAUGGAGAACAGGUUAAAAACACUGCAUGCCCAAAUACUGGAGAAGGACGCAGUCAUCAAAGUCUUGCAGCAGCGCUCUCGCAAGGAACCUAGCAAAGCUCUUCAGGGCUCUCUGCGACCUGCCAAAUCUGUGCCAUCUAUAUUUGCAGCCUCUGGGACUCCGCUGUGGCCAGGCAUGACUAGCAGUGAAAGUGGUUCCCGAGGUAGUGCAGCCUCCAAGGCCUCAUCAGAAGCUGCCAGCCCAGCAUCUUGUGGCCCUCUUCCUUCCCACACCAAACAUUGCAGCAGAGAUGGGAGUACACAGACAGAAGGCUCGUCCAAGACUCCUCAGGGUGAAGAACUUGAGCCCCACCUUGAAAGCAACAGUGGUACGGCAGAUUCGUUAGAGACUUUGCCAGCUUCUAAAACCCUGGACCUGUCUGACAUGGUGGAGAUUCUCAUCUGAGGAAUGGAAGACUCCUCCGCACACAUGAGCAGACCUGGCCACUCCUUUCUGCCUUGUCCAAGGACAGUGACUGAUGGAAAGCAGGCUAGAGAGCCCUUUGGCGAUUAAGAUGGCCUGGAGUGGAUAGACAAAGACUUUGCAAGGGGAGCUGGAAGAGAAUACCAAUCAGAUGGACUGUUGCAUUUUGGGCUGCAGAGCGACAACAGCAGAAGGCUUCCAUAUGUGUUUUGAGUCAUCCAGAAAGGUUUCUCUCUUCUUCCAGUGGACUGAGCUACAGCAGGCGUUCAGUUUUUUGGAGCUGGUGCUUGCACAGAAACCGCUGUUCCACGUUUUCUUUGCCAUUGGCUUUCCCAAGGUCUGGGAAGGAGAAGUGGGAAGCUGAGCAGGGCUCUUGUGCUGCCUGGGUGUAGCCCCGUAGAGGAUUGCAAGCUGGGGUUUGGCACCAAAAGAGGCAGUAUGCCUGAUUCACUGGGCUCCUGGCAGGUACCUGGACCUGAAGUGUAGGCUGUCUUAAGCAAAGAGUAUUUGUCUGGUGCUGGUGUACCUAGAAUAUAUUCCCUGCACCCUGUUCUCACCCCGGUCCACCUCUCACCUGCUGUGGAUACAGGGGACUGCGAGCAAGUGGCUACUUUUGGCUGGAGGGCAGCACCUGACCUCUCAUAGGUACUGAGGUAGAGGAUCAGUGAUGAGUCCUUUUUUUUGUAAAUAUCUUUUCUUCUGUCACAACAAGCCCAACAGUAAUCAACAUUUCAUUCUGCCACAGUCUCUUCGUUUUGACUUUCCUUGUUUCUUCCUGUCGUUUGCAGUGCGGCCUGCCUCGUUUCUCUCUUUGCUUCCCACCAAGCUCUUUUCUCCAUUGUCCUGUUUUUAUAUUUCUUUUAGUAUUUCUUUUUUUUCUUCUCCUCCAUUUCAUAUCCUGUUUAUCCAGAGUUAAAUAUCCGCCUUCAGAGUCCUUCAGAUUCCAUUUCCUUUGAAGCAGUUUCCCAUGAUGCUUCAGACUGGAAUUUCCCUGCUCUUUGUUUGAAUAGCAGCCACAAGCCAAGUGUUUCUGUUUGGUGCAUUGCCGUUUCCAAGCUGAGUUCUUUAAGUGGAAUAUCUCCCUAUGUGGCUUAGUUCAGCACAGUUGUAUUGGGAUGCGUGGCUCUGAUCCCCAGCUGGCAUAAACCUGAGGAAGUUCCUUCAGCAGAAAAUACCAUCUGGUCCAAGGCAGGGUCAUGGUUGGGCCUCUUACAGAUGGGAAUAGCAAUUAUUCAGAGAAGCAGUGCUUUUGACUCGAAACUUGCUCCAAGUGAGUGGGAGAAGAAUGGCGCAGUAUGUGUGCGGGGGUUUGUGUUGAGUUGAGAUGUUUGUUAAGUAGGGUAUGUGGUCUGCAGCUCGUAUUUUGGUAAAUAAAUAAAGGGCAUUUAUGGGAAUGAUGUGAGUGAAUACGAAAAUGCAAAAAACGACUACCCCCAACUGUUGUCUUUUUUAUUUCUGGAAAAGUAUUGAUUGCACACAAACACCUCUUUUUCUUUCUCUGGAUCUUCUCCAGAAUGUACAAGUCUUGAUCAUACCAGAGCCUUCUACACUCCUGUCUACUGGCAGCCGGCUUCUGACAGUAGCCAACUUGGAUGUGAAUGCAUUUCUCUUUACACCAAAUCCGGGUGCUUCUGCUUUCACACUUUUUUCUACUCCCCCUCCCCCUCUCACUCCCUGUCUCUGUUAAGCAUCUGCAUUUGCUGGACAACUGCAUUUUUUAAAAAAAAAAGUCCUCCACAGAUCUGUAAAAAAAAAAGGUGUUCAGUUGUGCAUUGUUUACAAAGUGAAAAACAAAGCAAAAAAGUUAUGAAAGAGAGAAAGAAGCGCAUCUUAAUAUAUUUCGUAUUAAUAUUGGUAUUCCUUUUAAACUAUUUUUGUGCUGUGAACUUUUUUUUUCUGCCAAAGACAAUGAGGGGUGUUUUUUGGUGCGUUUUAAGUUAUCUUAAGUAUUUAAAUGUAAACCUGGCUGUUUUAUUAUGCCGCCUUAUACCGAGAUUGCUGUAGCAUUCCACUUGGUAUAACAAUAUUUUAAUAAAAAAAUAAAUAUUGUCUAACAAGC